AUAAAACAGCACAUUGAAUAGACUGAACCAUCUAGAAAUUGUCUAGAAAAAGGGAAAAAUGUUGACGAAUCUCUUAGAGCGUUCGAAUUGCUUGCUGAACCAAAGGAAUCGCCAUCAAUUGCUUGCCACAGUGCUAAUAAAUAUUAUAUGCAUAUCGCAUGGCAUUGGCGUUGGCUGGGUCUCGCCCACGUUGCGGAAGCUGCAAACCUUGGACUCGCCACUUGGUGUGCCGUUGGGCGUCAAUGAAGUCUCCUGGGUGGGCUCGGCGCUGGGCUUGGGCUCGGUGACGGGCAACAUAUUGAGUGGACUUUUCCUGCAUCGCAUUGGCGGCAAAAUGUGUCUGCUGUUCAUGGCCCUGCCACAUACGUGUCUUUGGGUUCUGGUCUACUUUGCUCAGAGCGUGGAAUUUCUGAUCGUCGGUCGUUUCUUGGCUGGUAUUACUGGCGGCGGCAUAUAUUUAAUACAUCCAUUGUUUCUAAGUGAAAUUUCCGAUCCAAAUAUUCGAGGAACUCUGGCAUCGAUGGUGAUGCUGUCGGUGAAUAUUGGCAUACUUCUAGGCUAUAUAUUGGGCACACAUCUGGCCUAUCAUAUCAUACCAUUCGUAGUGCUUAUCGGUCCGCUUAGCUAUUUCAUAUUGGUUUUAUUAUUCAUUCGGGACUCGCCUAUGCAUCUCAUACGCAAGGGCAAGCUGGAAGCCGCCAAGAAGUCCUUCAUGUACUAUAAGAAUAUUAAAACUAGCGACAGUUCAAUCGAACAGACACGCGCUGCAAACGAAUUUGAUAACAUGAGAUUGACGCUUACCAAGGACGAUAAUAUGCCGGAUACGCUCAGCCUGAAUGACUUUUUCACGCGAGCCGCGCUCAAGGGCUAUGGCAUGGCGGCGGUAAUAAUUAUUGCGAAUCAGUUUAGCGCCCUUUUUGCCAUGGUCAACUACAUGUCGGACGUGUUCGCCCAGUCGGGCAGCACCAUGGAUCCCAAUACCAGCUCGAUUAUCAUUGGAUCAGUGCAAAUUCUUGGCGCCUAUGUGAGCACAAUUGUGUGCGAUGUCUUUGGUCGUAAAAUUCUGAUGCUGAUCUCAUCAGCGGGCGUGGCCAUAUGUCUGACAGUCUUUGGUUUCUUCACGUACUAUGCCGGAAUUUACGAUAUGACCGAGUGGAGCUGGAUACCAGUAGCCAUUAUGUCGCUGGACAUCUUUCUGGGCAAUAUUGGUUUGAUUAGCUGCCUGUUUGUGCUGAUGGUCGAAAUGUUUCCACUCAAGAUACGCGCCAGAGCCACAUCCAUAGCAAUUGUUAUAUGCAGCUCGUUGGUAUUCCUAAUGCUCAACAUUUUUCCACUUUGCAUGGCACAUUGGGGUCUGCCGGCCACGAUGUGGUCGUGUGCGGCUAUUACAGCAGGCUGCUUUAUAUUUUUCUUACUAUUUUUAAAAGAGACCAAAGGCAAAUCAAUGCUUGAGGAUUGAACUUAAAUAAAAGCGCCAAUAAUUGAAA